CAAAAUAUGUUUGAUCGGCUGUCGUAUUUCGCAUGUUAGUAAUAUACAAAACAUUAAUAUUUUUUUAGAUAUUUAUUCUGGUCAGAUUUUAAUAGUUUGUAUAGUCCGAAAUGGGUAUUCUUGAGAAAAUUGCUGAAAUAGAAAAGGAAAUCGCUCGUACUCAAAAAAAUAAAGCUACUGAAUACCAUUUAGGAUUAUUGAAAGCUAAAUUAGCAAAAUAUAGAUCACAGUUGUUGGAGCCUGCAAAGAAAGGAGAAAAGGGCGAAGGGUUUGACGUUUUAAAAAGUGGAGAUGCUCGGGUUGCUCUUAUAGGAUUUCCGUCAGUAGGAAAAUCUACGUUACUUUCAACACUUACAAAAACUCAAUCUGAAGCAGCCAAUUACGAAUUCACUACCUUAACAUGCAUUCCUGGAGUAAUUGAAUAUAAAGGAGCUAAUAUACAGUUACUCGACUUACCUGGAAUCAUUGAAGGAGCUGCGCAAGGCAAAGGAAGAGGUCGGCAAGUCAUUGCUGUAGCUAGAACUGCUGAUCUAGUAAUAAUGAUGUUAGAUGCAACUAAACCUAAUGUACAUCGAGAUUUAUUAGAAGCUGAAUUAGAGUCCGUUGGAAUACGAUUAAACAAACGAAAACCUAAUAUUUAUUACAAGGUUAAAAAAGGUGGAGGAAUUAGUUUUAAUUCAACUUGCACGUUAACAAAAUGCAGUGAAAAAAUGGUCCAAAUGAUUUUGCAUUCAUAUAAGAUUUUUAAUGCCGAAGUUCUUUUCCGUGAAGACUGUAGCACAGACGAAUUUAUCGAUGUAAUUAGUGCCAAUCGUGUUUAUCUCCCUUGUUUAUAUGUAUACAAUAAAAUUGAUCAAAUAUCAAUGGAGGAAGUAGACCGAUUAGCAAGACAGUCUCAUAGUGUCGUUGUCAGCUGUAAUAUGAACUUAAAUCUUGAUUAUUUACUAGAAACUAUAUGGGAAUAUUUACAACUUAUUCGAGUUUAUACUAAAAAGCCUGGAGCACCGCCUGAUUUUGAUGAUGGUUUAAUUUUAAGAAAAGGUGUUACAGUAGAGCAUGUUUGUCACGCGAUUCAUAGAAACCUAGCAGCCCAAUUUAAAUAUGCCUUGGUUUGGGGAACUUCGACAAAAUAUUCUCCUCAGCGUGUUGGAAUCGCUCAUAUAAUGGCGGACGAAGACGUUAUUCAAAUUGUUAAAAAAUAAAAAUGAACUAGAUUAAUUUAACUAAUUACUCAGUGUGACAGAGUUUCUAAUAAAUUAAUAUCUUUUUUUAUUCAUGUAAGUACCUACGUCAUAAUUAUUAGUUUGCUAUUGCAAAUUUAUUCAAUAUAUUGAAAUAUUCCCAAGAAAAAAAAAGUUAAGUUAAUAAAGAACAGUUGGAACAUA